CUUCUGCUCCAGAAGAAGACACAAGAUUUCCACAUGCAGUCAUUCAGCAUGGAAAGACAAAUCAAUGGGACUUUGCAAUCUACUGUGGAUGCUGUGACAUAUAAAGAGUACAAUGGCACUUAUAAUAGCUCAUAUAAUGACCAAGGGAAUUUCCAAUAUAAGGAAUAUGAAGCAUCUAUAAUAUAUGGCUUUAUUUUAGUUAUCUGCUGUGUGGGAUUUUUGGGGAAUGGAACUGUCAUCUGGCUUCUUGGUUUCCACAUUAGGAGGAAACCAUUCACCACCUACAUCCUUAAUUUGGCGGUUGCUGACUUUGCAUUCCUCCUGAGCUUAGAGAUCUACGCUUUUACUCCGUUUCCUGAUUAUGUUCUUCAUAGUAUUGCUUUUUGUCUCUUCUCCUUCACAUACAACACUGGCCAACUUCUUCUGACAGCCAUCAGCAUUGACAGAUGUGUGUCUGUCCUCUUCCCUAUUUGGCAUCGGUGUGUCCGGCCGACCCAUUUGUCCACCACUGUGUGUUCCCUCAUAUGGGUCCUCUCCUGUCUGCUCUGCGUAAUCCUCUACAUUAUUGAAAAAUAUUACACCUUUCCAUAUUGGUUAUCAGAAACAGGCCAAUAUGUCUUGACUGGACUGCUUUGCUUCCCGCUUAUGACAAUUUCAACUGUGAUCCUUUUCAUCAAAGUCUGUUUUAAAUCACACCCACGAAAGCGGGGAAGGCUUUUAACGGUUAUUUUACUUACACUCCUCUUCUUCCUUGUGCUUGCUUUCCCACUCAAUGCCCUUCUUCUUGCCAUAUCCAUCAUGGGCUGGAAUAUUCGUGAUCUAUUACAUUAUGCCUUUUUGUGUGCCUCCCUCAACAGCUGCGUGAACCCCUUCCUCUAUUUUCUGGUUGGGAGGAAGAAGGGAGGUCAAUCUAGGGAGAGUCUACUGGCCAUCCUCCAGCGGGUUUUGAAUGAGGAGGAGAAUGACAGACAGGAAAUGGACCCUCCUUGUUCAAACCCACUUAGGAACCUUUCAUAAGAGUUCUUUGGUCUGACUGUAAUAUGUCCUUGGACUGCAUUGAUGACUAUUGCUCACCAGAAAAAGAGGCUCGGGUUUUGUUGAAAAUUUUGAGGUUUGUAUAGCUGAAAUGUAUCCUACUUUACAAAGGGAAGAAUCAUGUCUUUUGUUAUCUCAAUCUUUCUUCUGUGCCCCACUCACCUAUUGUAUACAGCCCCUGAAAUGUUAGCUAUGAAGAUAUGAAGCCCUUUGGCUGAAAGAGGCUCCACACCAUUUAAAUAUACUGUACCAGCUGCACCACUAGCUACAGCAAACCAAA